UGUUCCCAUCCGCAGAUGCUGCCUCCAUGCUUUUCAUUGGCGACACUGCAAUAUCUGGUAUAUGUGUUGCACUUGCCCUCUGUAUCGCUGUGCCAAGAGCUAGCAAGAACCGUUUCUUUAAUUACGCAUUUUUGCGAUACACUGUAAUUAUCAUCAUACUGAACUGGUUUCAAUCCACACAGGGUGGGGGGCAGCCUGCUCUACAAUACGUUGCUUGUGGCGUGAUUAGUUUUGUUGCUGUUCACUGUUUGUGGAAUGUAGAAGUAAAACAGGGUGACAACAAUCAGCCGAUGAGUGAAGUGUGGGAUUGGAACAUGUAUGGAACCAAACUGAAGUUUCAUGGAUGGUUUAUUAACACUGCCAAUGAGGAUGGUGACGGAGGUGAGGAUGGUGACGGAGGUGAGGAUGAUGCUUCAUUUGCCUCGGAGCAUUCCGAUGAUGAAGAUUUGACGGAGGUGUCAAUUUUACGUGCGGUGCAAGUGUUGGCCAUUCGUGCAAACUUUCGUAUUAGCCGUAUGGACGCCCAUGACUGGUACCAAAGUUUUGUCAUCUAUGUGGCGCUCGAGGGGGAAGUACAAGAGGAAGGAAAGGAUUUGGUACUUGCUGGACCAUGUGGGAUACUACAGGCUUACGGUGCCUUUUGCUUGGAGGUUUUCACAGAAGACCUGGUUUUCACAGAAGACGAUGAGGGGUCUUCUACUGAUGAUGAGGGGUCUUGGAGCGGUCAUUUCCGCCGAGGCUGGGAUGUUACUGAGCCUGAUGAAGUUGAGGAAUUCACACAAACCAUCUAUGGAGGCCUUGGCCGCAAGUUGGAGAUCACAUACUUGGUGAUUCCGGAAGCAGUUGAGACCUAUGUUGAGGUCAGGUUGAACCUCAAAGACUUCGGUUCGAGAAGCCGCUCUGUGUAUGGUAGCGUCAAGGCAAUUGCCAUUGACUAUGGGAGCAAAAGCGUCAAUCUCUUCAGUUUUGAACGAGGCAGUAGCUUGUCCCUGCCCUGUGGUUCCACGUGCAUUCUUCCACUGGGACCACACAUGAUUGCAUUGCCUGAUCGUAGCAAGUACAAACUCCACAUAGAGGUGGACCUAAGAGUAAUCACAACCUGUGACAGCCAAGAAGAGGACAAGAAUUUGAAAUUCUGUCUAGACUGCAGCCGUAGAAUUAGGAGUGAAGAACGUCUAGAGUUACCCCGUAGAAUUAGGACUCAAAAAAGAGAAUUCGAUGGUGAUCAAGUUGAAGUGAAGGUCAUCUGGGCCCUAGCAAAAUUCUUCUAGAUCCUCGAUAAAUUUGUCUAAGAAAGGAGCUAGAAGCGAAAUAAGUGAAGGAAGGCAUGUGCCACAUGUGGAACUUUGUCUAUGUUUGCCAGAUCAUAUUAUCUAUUUCCUUGUGUUCGA